CUCGGUCCGCCAGUCGCGGUUGAGACUUUGUACGGUGCAGACGGGCCACGCUCGUUCCUGGUGCGAAAUUUUGUUGAUUUGCCAGCAAAAGUGUGUGUCCGAUCGGUGCAGGAGACCGAAGAAGUGGUGCUGCGGUGGGGUUCGGUGGUGAUUCUGGGAGGAACAGUUCCAGCAAUGAAUCAACCUGUGGCCGGUGAGGGCUGAACGUGCGUGCAUUGUGCAAGGCUCAGGUCGGGAUCGUGUCACGACGUGACAAUUCCCGCAAAACGUGCAGAGCAGUGAAGAAGAAGCGCCAAAGUGACUUUUUUUGUGGCGAGAAGACGAUCAACAACAAAAACAACAGUGAGAGAGCGAGUUCAAAACGUGAGAGUGAAGAGAGCGCAAACUGUUACCGGGAGAGAGGAACGAUCCCGUCGUGCUUUUUUGGGGUGUUUUGCACUAAUCAACGCUGGACGGACAGGAGGUGGCCAAAAAUAUCUCUUUUAUUGUACCAUCAUCAUCAUCCUACAUCACCGGAGGUCAGCGGGAGCAGGAGCGCGCGCGCGCGUAAAUUUAGCGCCCUCGUGCAGCAAUAGAAUUUUAAAACGGUCAUUUUACAUGCGCCAGGAUGGAAGGACAAGCGCUAGUGCAACUGGCGGAAGUCGCUCCUGCCGAGGUGACUGCUGGUGGUGGUGGAGAGCCACACGUUUUCGCAGCAGUGCGUGAUGACGCCGCCAAAAAUCACGGUCAGCAGCAACAGCAACAGCAGCAGCAGCUACAGCCGCGAUUGCAUGGAAAUAAGAAACAGAACAAGCAUUUCUCGCGCCAGCAGAGCAAGAACAAAAAGUGGAAGCUGAAUAAAUUUAGGCGCAAUCAGAAGGACUGCGGGGGGAAGAAAAAGGAUCAGGUUAAGGGUGGGCCGGAAGGGGUUGCGGUUGGUGGUGGAGGGAAGGGAGACGAGGGGAAGGUAAAUCAGUCUGGGGGAAAUUUAGAGGUGAAGCAGCAACAGCAGCAGCAGGGAAAGCACAAAAAUCCGAACAAAAAUGCAAACAGCUUGAUGCAGGUUCGAAACAAACGGCUGCAGUCGGUGUCGAAGUUUUUCCUGCCGGAUAAGCGUCCCAGGAAGGAUUGCAUCAUUCCACCGACCAAGUUCUUGUUGGGUGGGAACAUUAGUGAUCCGUUGAAUUUGAACAGCUUGCAGAACGAGUCGGAGAAUGCCGUUACGCCCAAGUCAUCGCCGAUACCGACUCCGCCGCAUUACAAAAACAAGAUUGAGGUGAUUAUUCCGCCGAACAUCAACGAUCCGUUGCAUCUGCUGGAUCCGGUUGACUCGGUGGAGUACGAGAUGCAGUUGUGCUCGCCGAUGAAGAAGAAGCAAAGGGCGAGGAAUAAGCGCAAACGGAAGUCAAAGUCCGAUAAGAACAAUCAAAGCUUAGACAGCAGCGCGGGAAACGUAUCCGCUGGACCGGGUCCAGGUGGUGUUAGUUUGUCGGAAGCGGAAGCGACUACGGCGGAAGAAGCUCAGCUGUUGGCUCCGGGCUCUGUCAGUAAGGAGUCUUCUGAUCAGGCGUUAUUGGAGGGUGGCAACACUGGAGAUCGCGAUCGGGCUAGUCGUAACUUGAAGCUGGACUUGGAAGUGUGCAGAAAGCGUAGAAUUAGCGAGAGCACAUGCGCGAGUAAAAGCAAGGUUCGUCGGAUGGACUCGAUGGACAAGAUCGUCAGUCCGGUCAUUCCACAACCGGGAGCCUGGAAGCGUGGUCAUUGGCCAACGAUCCCGGUUGGUGCUCGCAACCGCACAAGAACUCAAUCGUGCACAUCAAACAGUGACGAACCGGUGGCGAAAUGUUUGGCCACUGAGCAGGAAGGUGCUGGCACUGAGAAUGCGGAGAAACCGCCGGAAUCCGUCGAGCAAGCUCAGCAAGUUGAACAACCGUCAACGUCUCAGCCCCAGACGGAGGACAAGAAGAUCCAGGACGACACAAACUACCAUUACGGAAAUUACGACCGGUACUACGGCUAUCGCAAUCUGAACGAGUUCAUUGACGUGCGAUUGAAGGUGUUUUUGCGCAACCCGUAUCUGUUCAAAGAUAAGGACGUCCUGGACAUUGGAUGCAACGUCGGCCUGAUGACGAUCGCCGUGGCCAAGAUGUUGCACACCAAAAGCAUAACCGGCAUCGACAUCGACAACAAGUUGAUUGCGAAGGCGCGAAGAAAUCUGACGACGCACGUUCGCAUUCCAACGGAGGAGCAACCGUCGAGCCCGGUUAAGAAGGAACCGGAAUCGUCAAUCAAGUCGGCAGAGCAACCGAAGAGCGGUAAAAAGUGCAAGCAAGCGAUUCGUAGGAAAUCCGGGGGACACGCAAAGCACGGCAAGCACCACCAACAUCAGUCGCAACAGCAGAAGAAGGAUCCCAAGAAGGGCCACUCGGAGUUCUUCCCGAUCUCGUUUCCGCUCUCGCUGGGAAAUGUUGGCGCCAAAAUGUACCACUUGGACGUGGGAUCUCCCAGCAGCAACUUUCCGCACAACGUUAUCUUCAAGACGAUGAACUACGUGCUGAAGGACGAAUCGCUGAUCGCGUACGACCAGCAGCAGUACGACCUGAUCCUGUGCUUGUCCGUCACCAAGUGGAUGCACCUCAACUUUGGCGACGUGGGCCUCAAGACGGCGUUCAAGCGGAUGUUCAACCACCUGCGGCCGGGCGGCAAGCUGAUUCUGGAAGCGCAAAACUGGGCCAGCUACAAGAAGAAGAAAAAGUUGACGGACAUCGUCUUCGACAACUACAAAAACAUCGAGUUUUUCCCAAACAGAUUUCACGAUUAUCUGCUAAGUCCGGAGGUGGGAUUCAGCCACAGCUAUCCGCUGGGCAUUCCGCGGCACUUGAGUAAAGGCUUUCGACGGCCCAUUCAGCUCUACGUCAAGGGCGACUUCACGCCGAGCCAGGCCCAGUGGAGCGACACGUACCAUCCGCAGACGCCGUAUCACAACCACCGCAACAUCUACACGGACAUUGCCAACCCGGCCCAGAACAACUGCAUCUGGGGCUCGACAACGCCGUACCAGCCGUCGUACAGCACGCGGUGCACCCCGGUGCACGGCUUCAUGGCCACCUCGCCCUACUACAACCCGCGCCAAACGGACAGCUACCAGCCCAGCUACGAUGCCGGUAAUCGUCGCGGUAGCUACUGCUUCGCGUCCCCGCUGUACUCCACUACCUGGUCGCCGCCGUCCGAUCUGUGCCACCGGCGGUCCGCCUCGAACACGCCCACCAACUCGGCCAGCGUGCGGAGCGCGGAAAACGACGAACACUACGCACAACACCGGCCGCACGUGUAUCCACCCAUCGAGGUAUUCCCACUGGAGUUUGCCGGAGGACGCUCGCAGGGCGCCCCCGGAUCGGCCAGCGUACGGCAGACCGACUCCGACUCGGAACCGUCGUGCAACUCGGCCUCCCAGACGCCCACCCGGUCGCAGUACGACGUGGACCAGUCGUCCAACUCGCCCAGCACAACACACUCCCAGCCGGAUAAGUAGAUUGCAGGAUCGCGUCGUCAUCGUCGACGAUGUGGUUUGUUCUGUGAUUGCGUUGAGCCGUUCUGAACCAACAGUUGCUCCAAGCUAGUCCGUUCGCUUUGUGAAUAGUACGUACAAUGUCGCGUCGCUUGAAAGGCGAAACCGUUUUCUUUUUUUCCACAAACACACACACAAAAUUCUUGUUUUAUUUCUUAUAUU